CAUUACACCCGUUUUCGCAUUCACAUAUGUCACAUUGAAAAGUCAAAAAGAGGUUGGAUAAUAAGACGGAGUGAAGUGUUUCAUUUCGAAUUGUUAUUCUUAUAGUUUCUUUGGCAGAAUCGGUUCAAAAUUGUUUAUCCAAAAAGUAACAAAUUUUGAAUGAAACUUUGUACGUAAUUCGGUGUGAUACUGCCGCCGCAUUUUGCCACAAAAUUAUAAGUGAAAAUUGAACCGUUAUUUUCGUCGACACCAUACACAAAAAAUAUAUUUUCUAUUGUUUUACAUCGAUUCAUUACGAUUACAAUGGCUACAAAAGCAACCGAUCGCAAUUCGAAAAACUUCCUGAUGGAAGAAAGCUUACGGAUUGCCGUGCAGAAACAAAUACAAGCUUUUAUUGCCGACGACGAUAUGCAAACGCAUGCAUUUCCCGUAUCGUUUACAAACACUCAACGAGGCUUUGUACAUAAGUACGCUCAGUCGAUGGGAUUGAAAUCAAAAUCACAUGGCAAAGGCAUUAACCGUUUCCUGACAGUCUAUAAGCCUAACACUAAUACGCAAAUUUCAUACGACGCCGUACUGACAAUGUCCUCGGAAUCGUCGAAUCUAAUCAAACGAUUUCUCAUCGAACACAAAGUGACCGAUCGCGAACGUUCCGAUGCCAAGGAACUGGCAACGAACAAAAAACCGAAUCAGUACUACUACGGCUUUGCCAUAUUCAAACUGUUGGUGCCACCACACAUUUCUGUUUCGCGUGACAUCAUUGACACGCACGCUAAAUUACCCAUCACCGAAUACCGCCCAACAAUCAUUGAAAUGAUCAAUACGAACCGAGUGGUUGUUAUAGCCGGCGAUACCGGUUCCGGUAAAACUACUCAAGUGCCUCAGUACAUCUUGGAAGAUCACACUGCCAGGAGUGAACCGUGCCGCAUUAUAUGUACCCAACCGCGAAGAAUUGCAGCUGUGUCAAUGGCAGACAGAGUUGCGUAUGAACGAGGAGAAAUUGUUGGGAGCACAGUUGGCUAUCAGAUUCGCCUGGAGAGCAAAGUGAGCCCGACAUCGAAUUUGAUUUACACUACAAGCGGAUUUCUGCUACGAUGUCUGAUCAGUGACAGUUCGGCAACUUGGCUGAGUCGAAUCACGCACAUUGUGAUGGAUGAAGUACAUGAACGCGACAAGUACACCGAUUUUUUGUUUAUUGCCAUUAAGGAGGCAAUGGCUGAUAAUCCCAAACUGAAAGUCAUACUGAUGUCGGCAACGAUUGAUACGGAUAUUUACACGGCCUAUUUUGCCUGUCCGUUGCUAAAAAUUCCGGGGCGCAUGUAUCCCGUUGAAAUUAACCAGCUCGAAGAUGUGCUUGGAAUGCUUCGAUAUGCGGACAAGCAAAUACAAAGCGAGGCGUUGAAGCCAAUUGCAUCAACAGUGGUGAAAGGGAAUAAAAAGAAGUCAUCAAAGCGACUAGAUGUUCAGGCCGUGGUGGACGAUCAGAGCGAAAUCAUUAACGAGACGCUUCAGGAGUGUUUUUAUGGUAGAUGUGAUUUUAGUCAGUUCUUCUACUUGGUUACCGGUGAAGGUGUCGAUGUGAACGUUAAACACAGCGAUACCGAACUGAAUGCAUUGAUGAUUGCGGCGAUAAACGAUCUUCCGGAUGUUAUUGAGGUAUUACUGAAAAUGGGAGCCGAUCCAUCAGUUAUCGGUGGCUUUGGGUACACUGCCACGGAGUGGGCUUUAAAUUAUGGUCACGCCAAAUGCGUUGAAUUGCUGCAGCGUGCUGAAGAACUCGAUCCCGUAAACAUUGAGAAUGAGCAAAGGAAAAAGGACAAUCAGAAGCGCUUGCAGUCGUACCUCGAACAAACCAACGAAACCGAAAUCGAUCAGGAUUUGCUGUUCAAAACAAUUAAAUUCAUUCACGAACAGAUGCCAGACGGUAGCAUUUUGGUGUUUCUGCCCGGCUACGAUACCAUCGUCGAGCAAAUGAAUACGAUCAGCGAGGGUGAUAUUGCUGCCAACAUCGAAGUGUUAUUCUUGCAUGGAAAUAUGGAAACGUCUGAUCAGAAACGGGUUUUUGCUCCACCUGCACCGGGAUCACGAAAAGUUAUUUUGUCGACGAACAUUGCUGAGACGAGCUUGACCAUAGACGACGUGGUCUAUGUAAUCGAUUGCGGCAAAGUCAAACAAAUUUCGUAUGACUCGUUGUCCGAGUCUACGAGUUUAACGUCAACGUGGAUAUCGAAAGCAUGUGCGAAACAGCGAAUGGGUCGGGCUGGCCGCACCAAACCCGGUUUUUGUUACAGACUGUAUUCGAAGCAAAGAUUUGAUGCGAUGGAAGAGUUUACGCUGCCCGAACUGUUGCGUAUUCCGUUAACGGAGUUAUGUCUGCAUGCACGCAUUAUGACAAAGACAACCAUAACCGACUACCUCUCGAUGGCUCUUCAACCGCCGUCAACGUCUACCAUCAAUCAAAGUAUUAAACUGCUGAAGACAAUUGGCGCUCUGAACGAAAAAGAGAACGUAACCGAAUUGGGUUACCGGCUGGUCGAUUUGCCCGUUGACGUUCAACUCGGGAAAAUGCUUUUGUACUCGAUUUUACUGAAAUGUUUGGAUCCAGUUUUGACUAUUGUCAGUGCCUUAUCAGUGAAGGAUCCAUUUGUCUUGAAUUUUGAGGGUGACACGCCAGCGAGUCUGUCUCGCAAGACAUUGGCCGACGGUUCUUGCAGUGAUCUUAUGGUCUUUAUUAAAUUGUAUCAGUUGUGGGUGGAGCAUAAGACUAAAGGACAGGACUACAGAUUUUGCAGAGAAAAUCAAGUCAGCAGUGGAAUUAUGGAACUCAUCAACGGAUUCCGUACGCAGAUUUUGGGACAACUGCGUACCAUUGGAUUUAUAUUGCCGAGAGGCGCUGGAGACAUGGCUGACGUAAAUCAGAACUCAAACAACUUUGCUACUGUUAAAGCUUGCUUCGUAGCUGGUUUCUAUCCGAAUGUAUGUCGAGUCGAUCGUAAAGUCGGCAAUUUGAAAUCGAAACAAGAGAAAAAGCUACUGCCGCAUGUGACGUCGGUGUUGCGUGAAAAGAAUUUGAAAUCGUUGAAAACGAUACUGACUCAUCUGCCAUCCGAAUGGCUUGUUUAUGAAGAAAAGUCGCGCGUGGAACGCUUAUGUCUGGUGCGAAAUAAUACGGUUGUCACACCACUCACGAUAGCCCUUUUCGGCGGGCCAAUGUACAUACCGAAAAACAAUGUAAUUUGCUUGGAUGAGGAAUCGGAUUCCGAAAACGAUGAUCUGCCGACAGUGAAAUUGGUGCUCGACGAUUGGAUAGCUUUCCUGACGGACGAAGAGGUUGCCGUUAUGGUCCAUGAGUUGCGAAUCAAAUUGAACUCAAUGUUCAUGAAAACGUUGUGCUGUGUGGAAAGGAAACCAGGCCUUAGCGCAAAUGACAGUCGAAUUGUUAACGUAAUUGCGCAGGUCCUGGAGACCGAAGAUUCAAUUGCAGGAUUUAGAAGUCCGAAAGAUGUGGGUCUGCGACCGAUUCUUUUGCCGCUCAAAGGUAAUCCGCGAAAUAAAAACGGUGUGGAACGGCAUAGAGGCGGACCACCGAAUGGAAAAUUCUUCAACCAGGGACAUCAACAUCACAACCAUCAGCAGUCCUCUUUCCAAUUUCAAUCGAAUAAUCAAUUGAACUAUCCCAGUCGUUCUCAACCAGCAACGCUUUAUAACCGAAACGGCAAUGGAAGUGUUGCCAACAACACGCCGUAUGUGUCGCAUUUCAAGGGCCAAGUGAUGUUAAAUGCGAAAGUUCGGUACUUUAUUCUGCACGCCGAGUCGAAAAAGGCGAUCGUGAAUUCGUGGGGAUCGUCGAAGAGGUGGCCAUAUUUGGUAUCCUCGUUACGGCUGUUCAAAUCGAUAAAAAACUCCGAGCCAAGUCCCGACAUCAUUUUGUUCUUCAUAGUGCCGAAUGGGGCAUUUUUUGGAGUGGGUCGAUUGAAUCGAACCGGAAAUCUUUUGAGUAUUGAAUGCUUGUCGAAGGAUGAAGUGUCUUUUGCCAAAACACGAAAUCUCAAAGGUUUUGCUAGUAAUGAUCCUCGCGGCACUAAAAACUUGGACGAAUAUAAAAAUGGAGAAGAGAUUUUCGAUACCACUUUGGCGGAGAAGCUGUUCCACCUAUUUAUUGGCACCAGUGCUAGCUCUUAAGUGAAACGAUUUUGCACUUUCGACGAAAAAUUAACGGAAAAUGGUUUUUUACCGACCCAUGUGAUAUUAUGUUAGAUACGUGCAACUACUUAAUGUUAUGAUCUCAAAACUAUACUUACAGUCUAAGUGAACAACAAGAAAACAAUGAAAUAAACGGAAGUUCAUUCAUACUACU